GCCUACGAGUUCCAGUUCGGGGCUGCUUACGCCUGGAUGAUGUGCGUCUUCACCGUGGUCAUGACGUACAGUAUCACCUGCCCCAUCAUCGUCCCCUUUGGGCUCAUGUACAUGCUGCUUAAGCACCUCGUGGACCGAUACAACUUGUAUUAUGCUUACCUACCUGCCAAGCUGGACAAGAAGAUCCAUUCAGGGGCUGUGAACCAGGUGGUGGCAGCCCCCAUCCUCUGCCUCUUCUGGCUUCUCUUCUUCUCCACCAUGCGCACAGGGUUCCUGGCCCCCACUUCCAUGUUCACCUUUGUGGUCCUUGUGAUCACCAUUGUGAUCUGCCUGUGUCACGUCUGCUUCGGGCACUUCAAAUACCUCAGCGCUCACAACUACAAGAUUGACCACACAGAGGUGGAUGCCAUAGAAAACAGGCAGAACGGGAGACCUGCCACCAGUCUGACAGCUCCCAAAUCAGCUAAGUACAUCGCCCAAGUGCUGCAGGACUCCUCGCCGGAGGGUGAAGCGACAGAGUCGGAGGAGCAGGGCUCGCAGGAUGAGGAGCUCAUCAAUGCCGACGGCAUGAAUGACACGGAUUUCCAGUCGUGUGAGGACAGCCUGAUAGAGAACGAGAUCCACCA